UCGUGAAGGAGGUCAUGCCGUUGAUGCAGCAGUAGCCGCCGCUCUUUGCUUGGGAGUUGUGGGCCCAGCAUCAAGUGGCAUUGGGGGAGGAGCUUUUAUGCUAAUUAGGCUAGCCACUGGAGAGGCACAAGCCUUUGACAUGAGAGAAAGUGCCCCAAUGCGAGCUUCGAAGAAUAUGUAUGCUGGCAAUGCUACUAUAAAAGCCAGUGGUCCCCUCUCAGUGGCAGUUCCUGGGGAACUUGCAGGCCUUCGUGAAGCUUGGAAGCAGCAUGGACGGCUUCCAUGGGAACGGCUUGUAAGGCCAGCUAUGCAUCUUGCACAUAAAGGAUUCAAGAUUUCACCAUACCUCCAUAUGCAGAUGGUUCAAACAGAAGCUGGCAUCUUGGCAAAUAAUGGUCUUCGUGAAAUAUUUGCAUCACAUGGGACACUUUUGAAGGCAGGAGAUAUCUGCUACAACAAGAAACUCGCAAGGACUCUCCAACAAAUUGCCAAACAUGGCUUGGACCCUUUCUAUAAUGGAUCGAUUGGACUCAAUUUGGUAAGAGACAUUAAGAAAGCUGGAGGGAUACUGACUAUGGAGGACCUGCAGAACUAUCAACUUAAAAUAAGGAAAGCUAUUGUUGCUAAUGUUUUAGGUGUCAAAAUUAUUGGGAUGCCCCCUCCUUCUUCUGGGGCUGCUACAAUGCUACUGGUGCUAAACAUUCUUGCUCAGUAUGGAGUCCCAUCAGGUGUUUCUGGCUCCCUUGGGUACCACCGAGAAAUCGAAGCUUUAAAACAUGCAUUUGCUGUCAGAAUGAAUCUUGGAGACCCUGAUUUCGUGAAUAUCACCGAAGUUUUGUCUGAUAUGAUUUCUCCUAAGUUUGCAGAGAAGUUGAAGGCUACCAUAGAUGACAAUAGAACUUUCAAUGUCAGUCAUUAUGGUGGAAGGUGGAACCAGAUCAAUGAUCACGGCACCAGUCAUGUAUCCAUUGUAGAUAAAGGACGAAAUGCUGUCUCGAUGACUUGUACUGUGAAUUCUUACUUCGGUGCAAAAAUGAUGUCUCCUGGUACAGGAAUAGUCUUGAACAAUGAAAUGGAUGAUUUCUCCAUCCCUAAAAGUGGUUCAGCAAAUCUUCCGCCACCAGCCCCUGCCAAUUUCAUCCAUCCAAAGAAAAGGCCUCUAUCGUCAAUGACACCUACCAUUGUGUUGAAGGAUGAGCAAUUAAAGGCUGUGGUUGGCGCGAGUGGUGGUGCCAUGAUUAUUGCAGGAACGUUGGAGGUUUUCUUGAAUUAUUUUGCUAGAGGAAUGGAUCCGCUUUCGUCUGUAAUGGCUCCAAGGGUGUAUCACCAGUGUUACCAUGUCAGAUUUGAUUGAUCAGCUUAAAAUCUAAGUUCCCAAGCUGGGCCUUACCCUAGGGGUGAAUGAGAGCUUCAUUUCACUUCUAACCAAGGGCAUACCACCAAGCUGAUACCCAAUGUCGCAUCUUAUGAGAAUUGGACAGUGGUAACAGGAGAUCACUUUGAACUUCCUGCUGACAUUAGGGAGUCCCUCCGAAAGAAGGGUCAUGUGCUGCAAAGCCUUGCUGGUGGAACCAUUUGCC